UUGGGGGUAUUUCCAGCUUCCAUAAGAACCUCCUCAUGAAGUUAUACACACACUCAGUUAAUCCAGUGAACUCACCUGUGGUCCCCCUAUGUGCCUGGACCUCAGUUUCAUCUCCUGGAAACUGGAGAAUGGAUUUGACCAUCUCUAGGUUUCCAUCUUGCUUCAGCAUUGUUUUUCUCAGAUAUUAUUUAUCCAUCUGAGUUGUGACCCUUGAAAGUUACCUUCCUUGUUAGCAAAAGGAUAAAACUAAUGCCGGUGGGCCCUUCUGACUGUGAGCCAUUCGCUCUGGGUGUGAAAUUCCUAAGAUUUCUCUAAAAGAGUUUCUGUAUCUGCCUUUUCACCUGUAAGAGCCUCAGUAUCUGAAUAAAUCAGACAGAAGAUGUCAUUAAGGUUGGUAACAGGGAUUUUUAAGGACAUUUGGAAAAGUCCUUCCUCUCCAUCCAACAGCAGGGGUCCAGGCUCACCCCCUGGGGCUCCGUCCUCUCUAGCUCCACGGGGAGCUCCCUGAGGGGGAGAGGCACAUUCAGUAUCACCUUUGGGGCUGCUGGGUGGUUAGGAGACACUGGUUUUGUACAGACAUGAAUUUCCAUCUCUAUUCAGUUAGCCAAAUCCCACCCACUAUAAUAAAUACUUAGAGAAUCACCCCCUUCCUUUGCUAACAACUAAACACCACGUAAGACUGGCAGUGGGGGUCUCCUAACCCUAGAAGGACUUCAUUGGGGGCGGGAAACGGCACAUACCCCGCUGGUUAAAGCCCCAGAGUCCUUUUCUCUUUAAUGGGGCUGUGGUUGGGCAAAAUACACAUCACUUUAAAACCACCUCACAGCUGGAAGUAUGUAACUUUUAGCGAGUCACAAAAAAUAGGGAAACUUACACAGGGUUUCUCUGGUCACUUCCCCAUCUGAGUGAUCACGCAGCCGGCGCUACAGCUGAGACGGCGCUCCCAGCGAGGAGGGGAAAGGUGUGUUCACAGCCACCCGGUUGGAGGAGUGACACAAGCCCGAUUGGGAAAUCCCUGGACGUAUAAAUUCCUGCCAGACCGCUGAGCUCCUACUGAAGGUGAAAGGCCUAGCAGCCAUCCCAGGAGACAGCACCAGGCGAACGAUGCAGAGCUGCAGGCUGCGGGGUGCUGGGCCUGCGGUCUCCACUUCCUGUGUCCUCCAGAAGUUCCCGGGAGUGAUGUUCACCUGGUCCAUGUGGUUGCUGUGUGUCUCUCUCUUCACCAUCCGGCCUGAGGAACACAUGGUGGCUGCAGGAAGCUGCCAGUUUCAUGGCAGGCAUCCCAAAACCAGGUUCAAGGUAGAAGGGGAGCCUGUGGCCAUGAGGUGCCCCCAGGGGCCAUACUGGGACUCCGCUACCACCCACGUCAGUGUGACAUGGCGUAGAAACAACUCCGCCACGAUGGUCCCGGGGGAGGAAGAGCUGCGAGUGUGGGUCCAGGACGGCAGCCUGUGGAUUGUACCAGCCUCGCGGGGGGACUCUGGCACCUACAUCUGCACUGUCAGGAAUGCCUCUUACUGUGACGAAAUGUCCGUUGAGCUCAGGGUUUUUGAGAAGACAGAAGCUUCCCUGCCUCUCAUCUUCUACCCGCAAAUUAUAACCUUGUCAGCCUCUGGGUUAUUAGUUUGUCCUGAUCUGAGUGAAUUCAUCGGGAACAAAACUGACGUGAAGAUUCGAUGGUACAAGGAUUCUGUCCCUUUGGAUCAAGACAACGAGAAAUUUCUAAGUGUGAGGGGAACUCGCUUACUGGUAAACAAUGUGUCUCUGGAGGACGCGGGCUAUUAUCAGUGUGCCAUGACGUUUGCCCACAGAGGCAGGCAAUACAACAUCACCAGGAAUAUCAAACUCCGUGUUAAGAAAAGAGAAGAGGAGACGAUUCCCGUGAUCAUCUCCCCCCACCAGACCAUCUCAGCUUCGCUGGGGUCGAGACUGACAAUCCCGUGUAAGGUGUUUCUGGGAGCUGGCAUACAGGCGACCACCUUGCUGUGGUGGACUGCCAACAACACACACGUAGAGGAUGCCUACAAGGGGGGCCGCGUGACCGAGGGGCAGCGCCAGGAAUACUCGGAAAAUAACGAGAAUUACAUUGAAGUGCCCCUGAUUUUCGAUCCAGUUGUAAGAGAGGAUUUGCACACGGACUUUAAAUGUGUUGUCCGUAAUACAAUGAGUUUCCAGAUGCUUCGUACCACAGUCAAAGAAGCUGCCACGUUCUCCUGGGAGAUUACACUGGCCCCCCUUUCCCUCAUCUUCUUGGUUUUGGGGGGAAUAUGGAUGCACAGACGGUGUAAACGCAGAACUGGAAAAGCCUAUGAUUUGAUGAUGGAGUUAAAGACCAGCCAUCAGAUUCUCAAUCCUAUCCGAGUAAAAUAAAGGAAAUAAAAUACUUCAAGUCAAACGAUGUCCUUUCUUCCGCAAGCAGCCCUGGUUUUUGAGGGACGCUGUUCUUUUCCUCCGUUGUUUAACAGAGCUGCUGUGUUUAUAGUGGGUUUGUAGUAAAAGACUGAAGUGGACAUGUAAAGUUUAUUCUGAAACUGAAUCACA